AUGGGUCCUACAGACUCUGGAGAUAGGAUGAGUCCUACAGACCCUAGAGAUACAAUGUGUCCUACAGACCCUGGAGAUAGGAUGUGUCCUACAGACACGGGGGAUAGGAUGUGUCCUACAGACACGGGGGAUAGGAUGUGUCCUACAGACACGGGGGAUAGGAUGUGUCCUACAGACACGGGGGAUAGGAUGUGUCCUACAGACACUAGAAAUAUAAUGUGUCCAACAGACUCUGGAGAUAGGAUGUGUCCUGGAGAUAGGAUGUGUCCUACAGACACUGGGGAUAGGAUGUGUCCUACAGACACUAGAAAUAUAAUGGGUCCUACAGACUCUGGAGAUAUAAUGUGUCGUACAGACACUGGAGAUAGAAUGUGUCAUACAGACUCUGGAGAUAGAAUGUGUCUUUCAGACACUAGAGAUAGAAUGUGUCCUUUAGACUCUGGAGAUAGAUUGUGUCCUACCGACUCUGGAGAUAGAAUGUGUCCUGCAAACUCUGGAGAUAUAAUGUUUCCUACAGACCCUGGAGAUAUAAUGCAUCCUACAGACCCUGGAGAUAGGAUGUGUCCUACAGACACUGGGGAUAGGAUGUGUCCUACAGACACGGGGGAUAGGAUGUGUCCUACAGACACGGGGGAUAGGAUGUGUCCUACAGACACGGGGGAUAGGAUGUGUCCUACAGACACUAGAAAUAUAAUGUGUCCUACAGACUCUGGAGAUAUAAUGAGUCCUACAGACCCUGGAGAUAGAAUGUGUCCUACAAACUCUGGGGAGAGGAUGCGUCCUACUGACCCAGGGGAGAGGAUGUAUACUACAGAUCCCUGGGAGGUGAUGUGUGUUACAGAUCCAAGGGAAAGGAUGACACUGCUACAGCUCCCUAUGGAGUCCUACAGACUGGCAGACACUUCCACCUGA